AUGAUUGAGGAUAACAUACAUGAAAUUAAAAAUGACCCUCUGAUUAUAAUAGAUAAGUUUCCAUAUACGAAAAAAAGAGAAGCUCUUCGCAUUAGCGAAGAUCAAGAAAAGAGGAAGAUAUGCCGUAUUUUCUUUUUAACCCAUUUUCAUGCUGACCAUUAUACAAAUAUAAACAAAUAUUUUAAUGAGAAUGUAUUUUGUUCGCAAAUUACUAAAAAAUUAUUAGUGAAUAUAAUUGAGGUAAAUGAUAAAUAUGUACAUAAUUUAAAAAUAAAUAAGAUAUAUUAUCUUUUUAAUUUUAAAGUUGCUUUUAUUGAUGCUAAUCAUUGUCCUGGAUCAGUUAUAAUUUAUUUUGAAUUUAAAAAUGGAACAAAAAUUAUACACACAGGUGAUUUUAGGUAUUCAAAUGUUCAUAGUUUUUUGAUAAAAAAAUUGUUAUCUUAUAGUGAAGAUAUAUCAAUAUGUACCUAUAAAAAAAAUGAAAUGAAUAUAAAAUGUGAGCAACAGGAUAUAGAUAGAGAAUCAUUAAAUGAUAAUAUAUAUAAAGAAGAAAAGAAAAUUGAUAUAAAUGGAAGGAAUAUUAUUGAUUCGAAGUUGAAUUUAAAUUGGGAUAUAAUAAAAAAAGAAAAAGAAGAAAGUCAAAGUGAAAGUAUAAAUAACAAUGAAGUUAAAGAAUAUGAUAAUAAUCCAAUUGAAAUAAUACAAAAAAAAGAAAAUAGUUAUAUUCCUUUUUUGAGAACAAAUGAAAAGGAUAAUAUUUUUUAUAUGAAUGAAAAUAUUCCUAUUUAUGAAAGUGAUAACUAUUUUGUAAAUUUAGAAGAAAUUAUAAAUAUAUAUUUAAAAAUAGUAGAAGAGUUAUUAUUAAAUAUUCAUAAGAUAGAAAAGAAACAAUUUUAUAUGUAUGAUACUAUAAAAGAAGAUAAUUAUUUUAAUCAUUUCCUUUUUAUUGAUUUAUGUUUAUAUUUUAAUCAAAAUGAAGAGGAUAUAUCAUUUUUUUUUGAUUACAAAAAUUUGAAUGAAACAGGUAUAAUAUUGAACAAUGAGAAUAUACACAAGAUACAUGUUAAGAAAAAUGAAGCCUUUAAAUGUGACACAACUGUAAAUGAUAGGGAGAAUGUAAAAACGGAAGAAAAGCAAAUUAAUUCAAUAGAUCAAAUAAUAUAUGAUAAAUAUAAUAAUUUGGAAAAAAAUUUAUUACAUAGUAAAAUAAAAGAAGAGAAGAAAAUGAUGCCUGAUUCGAAUUGUGUAUUAGAUGAAUCUCAAAACAAUAUUCAAAAGAAGAAUAAGAAAAAAAAAAAAAAAAGGAAUCAUGAGGAUUUUAAAGAAUUUGCAGACAUUCAAACGAAUCAUAAAAUAAAUGAAAAUAGAAAUGAAAUUAUAUCAGAAAAUAAAAAUUAUAUAAAAACUAUUUAUCUUGACACAACAUAUGCUUUGUCAAAAAAUAAUUUGUUUGCUCCUCAAAUGUAUCUGAUAAAUUAUGUUAUUUAUUUGUGUAAAAAGAGAUUACUUUAUGAUGAAGAGAGGUCAUCAAAUAUUUUGGAAACAAAUAAGAUAAGUAUAGAGGAAAAGCAAGAAAAGAAGGGAAGAAAUAUAAAAAAGAAGCAAACAGUCAAAAUUAAAAUGGAAAAUAAUAAUAAUAAUAAUAAUAGUGAUGAUGGUAAUAUUUUUAUAAAUGAUUAUCAUACAAGCAAUAUUAAACAAAAUGAUUUAGAUAUUAAAAAUAUUAUAAAUAAUGAUACAAACAAUUGUAAUAUUCAUAUAUGUGAUAAUGUGAAUAAAUUAGAUUUGUUAACAAAUCAUAGCAAAGUCAACAAAGAAGAGAAGAAAAAAAAGAAAACAUUAUUUCUUUUUGGAACAUAUAAUUUAGGAAAAGAGAAAAUAUAUUUAUCUGUAUCUGAUGCUUGUAAUAUGAAAAUAUAUUAUAAGAAUGAGAAGAAAAGAAAAAUAAUUGAAUCAUUUUUACAUAACAAACAUAUACUUAAUAAAAUAACAGAUAAUAAAUUAGAAGCACAAAUUCAUAUUGUUGAUAUUAAUUAUUCUUAUAUAUUUCCAAAACUUGAUAGAAGGAAAUUUCUUAAUUUAAUAGAUGAAGAUAUAGAAAAAGAAUUCGAUUCUUUUUAUUAUAUUAUACCAACUGGAUGGGUAAAAAAAUUUUCAUUUUAUGAAAGAAAUAAUAUUUCCAUAUUUUUAAUUCCUUAUAGUGAACACUCAAAUUUGGAUGAAUUAAAAAAUUUUGUUAAAUCAAUCAAACCUUGCAAUAUACUACCAACUGUGUUUUACAAUGAAAAAGAAAAAACAACAAUUUUAAAUAUAUUUAAUCCUUUUCUGAAUUUAAAAAAAGAAGUAUUGAGCUUUUUUAAAAUAGACGAAAGAUAUGGUUCUAAAAAUAAUGAGAUAUCUCCAGAUAAAAAAAAAAUAAAAGUAUGCGAAAAGGAAGAUAUUCCGAAAGAAGAUGUUUUGAAAAAUAUAAAACAAAAAAAACUCACAUCCUUCUUUCCCCUCAUAAAAAAAGCAAAUUCAUCGAACAUUUGA